AUGGCACCCAAAGGCCCCUACAAACUUGUGACGGUGAACACGGCACCGGAGCGAGCGAAGCGACUGAUUGGCCGAGUGGUCGAAGACCUGAAAGACCAAUAUACCAUACAACAUAUGGCGAAUUGCGACACUAUCGACGCAGUCGAGCCCACUGUGAAAGAGAUCAAGCCGGAUCUAUUGUUCUGCGCCUCGAUGUGGACUCCCGAAGAGAGUGCACGUAUUCAACAGAUCGGGAAAGACCUUGUCCCUGGGAUCAAGACACACGCUAUCCCCCAGGGAUUGCAGGUCGAGAAAGGUCCAGAUGCUGUGGUCGAGUAUUUGAAGGAGCAGAUUCCUAGGCUACUAGGAUGA